CAGCUGUUGGGGCAAAGGAAAGCUGGCGCUUUGUUUUGCUGGUUCUGAAUUGCCUACAAGCGUUCCUCAUUCAGCUACAAGCUCACAUCUUAAUCUGUUUCUUCCUUGCAGAGGUGGGUGGGGGUGAUGCUGAUUGGGGUAUUGCUCACUGGGUGGGCUCCAGACCCACUGGUUCACAUUAUUUAUUUAUUUAUUUAUUUAUUUAUUUAUUUAUUUAUUUUUGUUUUUUCGAGACAGGAUUUCUCUAUGUAGUUUUACUGCCUGUCCUGGAUCUUGCUCUGUAGACCAGGCUGGCCUCGAACUCACAGAGAUCCUCCUGGCUCUGCCUCUCGCGUGCUGGGAUUAAAGGAAUGUGCCUGUGCCACCACUGCCUGGCCAGGUUCACAUCUUAAAGACACAUGCACUCUUUUUGUUUUUGUUUUUCUUUCUGCUUUGAUCUCCCUGUACCCUAGUAACUCACCUCAUCAGGGAGGGGUGACCUUCAACUGCUCUGGGAUUCUUUUUAUUUUUCUUUCUUUCUUUCUUUCUUUCUUUCUUUCUUUCUCUCUCUCUCUCUCUCUCUCUCUCUCUCUCUCUCUCUCUCUCUCUUUCUUUCUUUCUUUCUUUUUGUUUUUUUUCGAGACAGGCUUUCUCUGUGUAGCUUUGCGCCUUUCCUGGAACUCACUUGAUAGCCCAGGCUGGCCUCGAACUCACAGAGAUCCGCCUGGCUCUGCCUCCCGAGUGCUGGGAUUAAAGGCGUGUGCCACCACCGCCCGGCUUUCUUUUUAUUUUUCAAGUGGAACUCACAGAGGGGUGUCUGCCUCGCCUCCCGAGUGCUGAGUUUAAAGGCAUAUAUCACCAUGCUCUCAGCAACCAGUUUUUGGGUUUUGGAUCCCCUCCACCCUCCCAGUCAGGGUCUCACAGUGUAGACAAGGCUCACCUGGAGUUCACCUUGUGUCUCCAGCUGGCCUGGACACACUUCAGCUUCCCCAGAUGCUGGGGUCCCAGGUGUGUGUGAGCCACCAUGCCAGAACAUUUUAUUUUGGGACAGAGAUUGCUAUGUAGCCCUCACUGACCUGGAACUCAUGUAGUUGAAGUGGGACUCAAACUCAUAGCAAUUCUCCUGCCUUGGCCUCCUGAGUGCUGGGAUCACAGGGUCACAGAUGUGCCACUAUGUGGGUUCUGAGAACGAGCUUCAGAGCUGAGGAGGUUAUCCGCUUAUGUGAAGAGGUGGUAGAGACCGGCCCCCCGAGACAUGAAGAGAACACACCAAGCAGGUGGCAGGAUGUGGCCUAUCACCCAUAUCCUGCCUCACGCAGCACCUGCAAGCUUCCUCACCCUGCUGGGUGUUGUUUCUGAGGUGAUGGCUCUAAAGGACUUGAACGUCUGGGUCCUCCACCUGAGUGCUUCUGCCCAAAGACUGUGUUCUAGUGUGCAGAGUGACAGCAGACCUCUGAUGCCCACAGCUGAGGAGUCAGCAGAUCACCGACAGGGAACUGGGCCGGCCAAUGCCAGAGUCCCUUGGGGAACGGAUAGAGUUGUUGAGAACCUUGCUCUGCCUGCUCGCCUUCUCUCUACCUUUCAGUUGAAGGCAAUCAAUCGCUCACUUCUGUGUUUAGCUAUGGAACUGGCGUUUAUUAAAGAUCUAGAUGGUAGGCACAGGUCAAACUGGGAACCACAGAUAGCACUCUGAGUAGCAUUUGGUCCUGGGAACACCACUCCCUUAACAGGGGCGGUCAGAGAAGGUUUGAAAUCUGGGAACAUGGUUAGGUUAAUCUAGACAGAGAGGUGGGAGGAAAUUCCUCGUGCAGAGGAAGAGGGGACAUGCACCACAUGCUAUUGGCACCUGACUAACAAAGUGUGGGGAUAGCCGUCGGCCAGAGGGGGCGUGGUCACAGUAGGCCUACCUUAUGCUAAGGAGUCUGAGUUUUGAUCUGAAACCGGUGCAGGAACUGAAGGAUGGUAAGUCGCCCUGGCAAGAUAGGGGUGCAGUGUGGCCUAUAGCCUUCCCUGCAGACAGUGCUGAUACUCCAGGUUGAAAGGAGGGGGGCUUAGCCCAGGCCACAGGGGAAGGCAGGCACUGACCACUAGAGGAGCCCUACAGGAUCGGAAGCUCUCAGAAGGAAGUAAGUCAGAGGUGGCAGGCGAGAAAAUGGGGAGUCACCAGCGGUGACUUCACCAGCCCCACAGAUAUUGAAUUUUGUAGUGCCUGUGACCCCCAAGUUCAACUAAUUCUUCUGCUCCAGGAAGCGCGGACGUUAGGAAGAGUGGGGGGUAGGGAGUUGAGGAGGAGGAAGCAGGUGUGUGAACACGCUCGUCUGUCUCUUUCUGUACACCUUCUGCCUACAGUUGCAUUUGCUCAGAACUUAGAGGUGGGCAGUUCUAGCUGGCGUAGAUACUAGAGAUGGGGAGAAAGCCCGGUCUCCAGGUAACCACAGCCCUCUACCCACUCUGCUCAGUCAGCAAGCUGGUGGCUGUCAGCACGUGAGGAUUUUAACAGCCAUGACAUCAGCCGCCCUUGCUACCACCGUCACUUCCAGGACUCAAAAGCGGAAGCAGGGGGAUACCUUUCCUUCACUGCUCUGACCAGCUGCUUCCAUCUCUGUUGGAUGCUGCCCCAGCGAGCUGAGGUGGGAUAAGCCACAGAGCCCAGAUUUGCCCGAAGGUUCACUAUCCUGAAACAAACUGGGUUGUGCUGAGGCUCAACUUUGGCCUAGGAAGGGACAUGGUUCCGGUCUAAUAUCCUAAGUCUUGUUUUGGCUCCCGUAAUGACUUUCUUGGUGAAGUCUGUCCACGCUCCCUUCUAAAUCAAACCUUCUCGGAGAAGUGUGUCUGCAAAUGCUCUGGAGGCCAGAAGAGGAUGUCGGGUCCUCUGCCCUACAUGGAUGCUAGGAACCAAACUUACACCUCUGGAGGAGCAGCAACCCCCCCCCCCCAGCCGCCUCCGCAGCCCCCAAGGCUGUUCUCCUCUGUUUACUUAGUGUGCCUGCAGAGUGUCACUUUCAAUUCUGCUACUGAGUGACAAAGCAGGAUGCCUUUGUUCCCCCUAGGAACCAGAUGGUAGCAAAGCUGAAACACCAGUGAUUCCCCAAGUACCCUCUGUGCCCCCGGCAAGUCUCGCAGCCUCCACACUAGCUCCUUUCCUAAGGCUGAAAUGGAAUCAGCCCAGAUGGACUGUGUGGACUGUGCCCGUCAGUUUUGUAAUCUUCUAACGCUGCUCACCAAGGAGAGUGAAAAAAAAAGUAGGGUGAGAGUCUGUUAUAUGUGCCUGGGUGAGCCUGUGGAGGUCAGAGGCCAACUUCCAGGGCCUGGUUCUGUUUUUCUUUGCUCACUACAAACAUCAAACAUCCCAGCUUUCCUUAGGCCUCUUACAUGAUGCCCAUGUUACGUUUUGUUUGUUUGUUUGUUUUUGUUUUUUGAGACAGGGUUUUUCUGUGUAACCGCCCUGGCUGUCCUGGAGCUCACUCUGUACACAGGCUGGCCUCCAACUCACUGAGAUCUGCCUUCUUCUACCUGUGGCUUAAAAUCACAAUGCUCCAGGCGGUGGUAGUGGUGUCGCAUGCCUUUGAUCCCAGCACUCAGGGGCAGAGCCAGGUGGAUCUCUGUGAGUUCGAGGCCAUCCAGGACAGGCACCAAAACUACACAGAGAAACCCUGUCUCAAACAAAACAAAACAAUAAUAAUAAAAUAAAACCACAAUACUGGGAUUAAAGGCGCAAGCCACCACCAUUCAGCCCAUGUUACUUUUUUAAUGCUCUAACCAGGCAUUCUCUAGGCUAUAGCUUAACUCAUUCUAAUACAAUCCAAUGACUUCUCUUCCUUAAUCAUAAGACAGGUAUUGGACAAGGCAGGGAAGGGGAACAUGUGACAGUGAAUAGGAUUCAAGCUCCACACUGUAGGACUCACAGGUAAUGAAAGGAAACAGGCUUCCAAUCCACAGACCCCAGAGAGAGAGAGAGAAAAAAAAAAGUGUGUGUGUGUGUGGGGGGGGGGGGGGUGUCUCUGUAGCAGCAGAAGCAAGCCAGAGCUUGGGGAAUAGGAAGCAAUGAUAACAAUUAAGUUAAAGGCUCUCAGGGGUUUCCCUUUCAAAGCAUUCAAGGCAGAGGAGACACGGAAGCACAGGCCCGUUUGAGGAGAUCUGGAAAAGAUCUGGGCCUAUCGGAGUGAAGCCCAGAGGAUGCUCAACCUGGUGGGGCAGGUUGCCAAGACAGACGGGGGCUGUUUAUGGAGGCCCUUGAAGGCCACACGAGGAGGCUGUUCUAAACCCAGUGGGUAGAGGAGAGCCACUGAAAGCUUGUGGAGUGGGGAGUCAGUGACCAUGAGCUGUCCUUAAGAAAGGCUGGUAGGGUGUGAGGAGGAGGAGGAGGCCCUGAGCACAGCAGAGGAGGUAGAGGCAGAAAGAGCAGCAGCUAAGGGUUGCUGCCCUUGUAGAGGGCAGUCAGCCAUAAGGGGCUGUAGGAUCCCACUUCCAGGGUGUUCGGGGUGAUGACUGGAGCCGCUUUCUAGGAGCCUGCCUUGAUUCACAGUGCAGGAGAAGACUACCAGAGAUCUCCAGUUUUCUCAGGGCCAGAGAAGGACUGUGGAGUCUGGGACUCUGAGUUUCUCAGCCUGAGGUCAGCUUGCCUUUUCCACUUCUCUUUUGGCUUUCUGGGUUUUCCCCAGGUUGUGACGUUGACAAACAACACAUUUAUUUUUUCUUCCUCCUCCUGCUCGACCUGCUGUUUCCCUUGUGACCCAUGUCACCCUCUGUUGGGUCUGCUUGCUGCUGGAGCCUGUGGGCCAGCCACUCAGAAGGCUGAGGCAGGAGGAGUGCUGGAAUCCAGGAGUUUGAAACCAGCCCAUCACAUAUCCUCUGAAAAAAUAAACAGUAAAGGAUCAACAAAUAAAAAGACCGUUUCUCCUCUGCUAAGAGAGACUGAUUGAUUUGUGUUCUUUGAGACAGUCUCACUGUGUAUUCCAGGCUGGUUUUUAACUCAGGAUUCUCCCAUCUCAGCCUCCCCAGUUCUAGAAUUACAGAUUAUGCCAUGACCCCUGACUCCUCCCCUCUGCAGGGUCACUGGAUGAUCUUGUCUGCAGACUUCCAACCUUGGUCAACUGCCAGAACAUUGUUUGUCAAUGGAUUGCAGAAACAACUGAUUUCUCCAGAAACUGACUAGGGAUACCCACAAGAGGAAAGGAGACCCCUGUUCUUUUCUAGGGAAGCCCACUUUGGGCCCAGAAAACUCCCUCCUACUGAAUCAGCUGGAGACCGGCUGAAAGCUGGGAUGUGAUCUGUGAGCCUGCCUGAGGGCUCACAGUGUGGGACUUUGUAGAUGACAACACUGUGUCGCAAUGUCAGAAAGCUGGACCGCCCUUGGAGGGUUUUUGUUUUUGUUUUUUCUAAUGUGCAUUGGUAUCUCGCCUGCAUGUGUGUCUGGGUGAGAGUAUCAGAUCCCCUGAAACUGGAAUUACAGACACUUGUGAGCUGCCAUGUGGGUGCUGGGAAUUGAACCCAGGUCCUCUGGAAGAGCAGCUAGUGCUCUUAACCACUGAGCCAUCUCUCCAGCCACCUACCUGAGGUUCUUGUGAAUUUACUUUAUUUUUGGUUUUCUGUGUAGCCCUGGCUAUCCUCGAACUUGCUCUGUAGAUCAGGCUGGUCUCAAACUCAGAGAUCCACCUGCUUCUGCCUCCUGAGUGCUGGGAUUAAAGGCGUGCACCACCACAUCUGGACAUUGUGACUUUAAAUUUUUUAUUUAUAUUAUUUUUAAGUGUGUGUGUGUGUGUGUGUGUGUGUGUGUGUGUGUGUGUGUGUGUGUGUCUGCAUGUGGGUAUGUGCAUGUGAGUGCAGGUGUCAGCAGAGGCCAGAAGCACCAAAUUCCCCGGACCUGGAGUCAACAGAGAGUUGUGAUCUGUCUGAUGUGGAUGCUGGGAACAGAAUUUGGGUCCUCUGGAAGAGCAGCGAUGCACUUAAACACUGAGCCAUCUCUAGCCAUUAUUGUGAUUUUAGACAUGUCCAACCAUGAUCUAUAGGCUAUAUGCAAUUCAUGUAGCCAAGAAUAGCUAUGAAUGCCACCUAACACAAAACGAGAAAACUUAAUAAUAUGUAAUUAGGGGCUCGAGAGAUGGUUCAGCAAUUAAAAGCACUUGCUGCUCUUCCAGAGGACCCAAAUUGUGUUCCCAGUAUCCAAGUUGGGAUCUGAGGACCUCUUCUGGCUUCCAAAGGUACACAUACACAUGUAUUCAUACAUGGGGCACACACACACACACACACACACACACACACACACAUAAAUAAAAAAAAAUAAAUCUUAAGGAAUCAGGCUUGAUGGAGCAUGCCUUUAAUCCUAGCACUCUGGAGGCAGAGGCAGGUGGAUCUCUGAGUUUGAGUCCAGUCUGGUCUACAAAGCACAAAGCGAGUUCUAGGACAGUUAGGAUUACACAGAGAAACCGUCUGAAAAAAACAAAACAAAAACAGAAACAAAACAAAAUCUUUAAAAAAUUAAGAGAUUGGUUUGGCAAAAUCAUUCUGAGGGUUUUUUUGUUGUUUGUUUUGUAACUCAGUUGCAGGCCUCUCCAGUGUGGAACUUUGUAGAUGACAACGCUGUGUCGCAAUGUCAGAAAGUUGGACCGCCCUUGGAGGGUUUUGCCCCAGCGUCGGCUGUUGGGGGAGGAAGAGCAGGCAUUCGCCGUACACAUUGCUGACUUGCAGCACUUGGAGCAGAUGGUCCAAACUCUUCAGUUUUCUCAGGGUGAAGAGGACUCUGGGAUUUUCCUUGCACUUUCGGGCCCCUGGUCAGAGCACAAAGUCAUCAUCGUGGGACUGGACAAUGCAGGAAAGACCACCAUUCUCUACCAGUUGAAAGUGUCUGAUGGUCCUUACUCAGAUCUGACUGGUUUUUCACAGCUCCCACAAUUCCAGUGUGGUUCACAGUCCAGAAGCAACGCCGCCAUCUGGAAGCUUAGCAGUAUUGCAAGCCUCUGGGUCUCUGGGAUGGUUCUGAGGAGGCCCUCCUCUCUGGGCCUGACUAAUGAGGUGGUUCACACGUGUUCAACCAUUGGCAGCAACGUGGAAGAAAUUGUUCUUCAGAAGACUCACUUCCUCAUGUGGGACUUAGGGGGCCAGGAGACUCUGCGCUCCACCUGGGACACAUACUACUCCAAUGCUGAGUUUGUCAUCCUUGUGAUCGAUAGUUCAGACCGGAAUCGGCUGCUGACCACCCGGGAGGAGCUGUAUAAGAUGCUGGCCCAUGAGGCACUUCAAGAUGCCUCAGUCCUGAUCUUUGCCAACAAGCAGGAUGUGAAAGACUCCAUGACCACAGCAGAGAUCUCCCAAGUCCUCACACUGAAUGCCAUCAAAGACCACCCGUGGCAUAUCCAGGGCUGCUGUGCUCUCACCGGAGAAGGGCUGCCAGCUGGGCUUCAGUGGAUGAAAUCUCAGGCCACCACCAAGUGAUGUUCCAGCCUGAAGCCAACCAGAAGCCACAUGGUUAGCACCGGUGCGAAAACCCAGUCGUUUGCUGGUGGAAACAGUGGACAGAGAGACUGCCACUGUCCUCUCGACUGUCACUGAGGAGCUGGACCAAUGACUUCAAGUUGGUGCAGACAGGGCCACAGAUGAAACUGCCCCUCACUGAGGAGACACAGGGAACCUGCUGAGUGUGUUGGGGGACCCCCUCCCAGCCCUCACCUUCUGUCUGCCCGAAAGCAAGAGAUCUUUGACAUUGGGCCCUAUCCAUUAGACAACGGAGAUUCCGAUAAAGGAGGCAACAGGACCGGGCCAAAAGUUGGGGGAUGGGGUGAGGUGGAGGGUGGGAAGACAGAACAUUCCAGACAGAGGCAAUCCUUCACACUUGCCGCCCGCCUUUCUGCUCCCUCUUGGAUGCUAACUCUGACCGCAGCUUUUGGGUCUAAGUCAUCACGUGGCAUCUCCUUUCCUCUCAGUGUCCUUCCGGUGUGAGUCCCACUCCUCUCAAACAUCAUAGGUUUCUACAGGACCUACUUAUUUUGUCUUUGUGUCUGCUUAAAAAAAAAAACAACACAUUGCAUUAAGAUUUAAAAAGUAGCCGGGCGGUGGUGGCGCACGCCUUUAAUCCCAGCACUCGGGAGGCAGAGCCAGGCGGAUCUCUGUGAGUUCGAGGCCAGCCUGGUCUCCAAAGCGAGUUCCAGGAAAGGCGCAAAGCUACACAGAGAAACCCUGUCUCGAAAAACCAAAA